AUGUCUACUGUUCCCCACCUUCGCAUCAUCUCCAGUGACGUUGAAGAAGGCGAGAUUGAAGAUCAUAAGUCCGAGAUUGAGGUUGAACUAGUCAAUGAGGAGAAGGUGGAAAGGCCAAAUAUGGAGCUUCCAGAGGAGAAGGUGGAAAGGUCAAAUGUGGAAAUUCCUGAGGAGGAGUUUGAAGGUGAAUUUGUGCCCACAUGGAAGAAACGGGUUACCUUUAGGGCAAUAUUAGUGAGCUUGGUUUUAUCAAUCUUGUUUACCUUCAUCCCAAUGAAGCUUACUCUUACAACCGCCCUUAUUCCUCCUCUAAAUGCAUCGUCUGUGUUGCUGGGACUCAUGAUUGUGAAAACAUGGACUGCAUUGCUCACGAAAGCUGGAAAAGUUAAUCAACCAAAAGACAAAAAUAUCUUUAAGUUAGAUUUUAAUUAA